GAGAGAGAGAGGGGUGCAAAAAGAAAGCUGCAAAAUCCGCCAAGGCUCCGAAGCGCGCGGAUCUUUCGACGCCUGCACCAUCCAUUCAGACGUCGGGAAGGAUGAGCUCAUUCAGCACGCGGGCGCUUACGCUCCUGUCCUCCGUGUUCGGGGCGUGCGGCCUGCUCCUGGUGGGUGUGGCCGUGUCCACAGACUACUGGCUGCUGAUGGAGGAGGGCAUCGUGCUGCAGCAGAACCAGACCACCGAGGUCAAGAUGGCGCUGCACUCGGGCCUCUGGAGGGUUUGCUUCGUCGCAGGAGCUGAAAAGGGGAGGUGUGUAGCAUCCGAAUAUUUUUCAGCAGACACCGAGAUUGAGAUCACGACGGAGAACACGGCCAACAUUCUCAAAAUGGUGAGGACAGCCACGCCCUUCCCCAUGGUGUCCCUGCUCUUCGUCUUCACCGCAUUUGUCAUCAGCAACAUCGGACACAUUCGGCCCCAGCGCACCAUCCUGGCCUUCGUCUCUGGAAUCUUCUUCAUCCUCUCAGGUCAGGGCCUAUGGUGUGGCCUGGUCAUUAUUUACAUGUUAUUGAGUUUCACGGUCUGUCAUUCCAUCCAACUUGUAUUAUUGUAUUACAUCUUUACGCGCUCCAUCUCGUUCCAUCUCUCUCUCUUUUCUCUCUCUCUCUCCCAGGGGGCAGGAGUGAUGUCCGUCUACCUGUUCAUGAAGCGCUAUGCUGAGGAGGAGAUGUACAGGCCCCACCCAGCCCUCUACCGCCCCCGCCUGUCGGAGUGCAGCGACUACAGCGGCCAGUUCCUCCACCCAGACUCCUGGCCCCCUCCCCAGCGGGGUCGCAGUGCCUCGGAGGUCUCCAGCGACAUCUCCAUCCAGCUCAACCAGACCCCCCCACCGCCACCCCCCAAGGGCAGCUCCUCCCAGCAGACCCCCUCCUCGGGGCCGUCCUCAGGGGCCAGUUACCAGCUCCAGCCGGCCUCCUCCUCCUCUUCCUCCUCUUACCCGCACUCCUCCCACCCCCUUCACCCCUCCCACCCCCACUCCUCCCACCCCAGCGGUCUCCCGUCCCAGUCUGUGUCCGUGGGCAUGCCGCCCUCUGCCGUGCCCCCCCCUCGUUACCACACACACAUGCGCAUGAGCGCCUCGCCAUGCUAGAUGGAGGGAGGGCAAGAGGGAGACAGGCAGGGAAAGGGGGAGAGAGAGAGAGCAAGGGGUAUAUAGCAGGGGAUUGGCUGGAUUAUACAGUAAGGGCGACACAGAGACAGACAGAUACACAUAACCCAACACACACAUACACACAUUAAAGUUGUGGGAGAGGGUAGGUGAGUGCAUUGGAUGAAGAUGGGAUUUAGGAGUUCAAGGGCAGCGAGCAAAGAAGAGAUGAAGGAGGAGGAAGGGAUAAAGAGGAGACAAGAUGAGGAAUUCCUAGUUGAUGCUGUGCUUAAAGAUGAAGAGAGACAUUUUGAACAAACUUUCAAAGAGAAGGAGGGCAUGAGGGUGGGGAUGGGGAGGGAGGUAUUAUUACAGUAUGUAUCAGAGGGAGGAGGAGGAAGAAAUUUGAGAAAGAGAGGUUGGGUCAGUUAAAGGUCGAUUUAACUAUACAUUUGACAAGCACUAUCGCUCACAAGAAUCACAGCAACUUGUAUAUGCAUAGAGAUUUAUACUUCAACUGUACAUACAUUUCUUUUACCUUACUCUCCAAUGUCCUGGAAACUGAAUCCAAACGUUUCAAACUGUAACCAUGUUAUGUCGUUCAAGGAAUAUGUUACUGUAUGUUUACGUGACUCAUUUUCGUACAUGUUUGUAUCUAAGAAGCAAGCUUACAGUAAUAGAGAAUGAAUGUUAACCUUUUAAAGUGGGACACAGACAGAAGCAAAAAGCCCUUCCCUGUCUUAGAACAUGUUCUGGUCAACAUUCCAUUUCUGCACCGCACAGAACAUUCCUCAGAGAAUCUUCUCAGAAUAUUAAAAAUGCGUUCCAAAGUGCAGACACAAGCUGUUGGACCAGACCAUGCUGUAAGAGCAGGUGUGGCUGGGCAUUCUACAACUGUACAUACAGAACCAUACUAGAGCACUGCUCUGCUGUAACAUCGAAACAACCAUGAACACGGUACCAGCUCACAGGCUUUACAGAACCUCACUCUGGAAGCAAACACCAAAACUUUGGCAUUCUCAAUUUCUGUUUACAUGCUGUUGACGUUGAAAAAAAAAAGAAAACAUUGUAGCAAACUUUCAAUAGACAAUUUGCAUCUCUUAAGGUUAUUUACGAGUGUUAAAUAUGAAAAUGUUCACUUUACGACAUAGAAUCAGUGCUACAGUAACAGACCAUACGAGACAUAUCCUGUUUUGAACGUCAAUUCUCUCGUUAGCUUGAGCCUUCUUCUUUAUAAAUGUAGCACACUGCUGUUUUUAGCAGCAACAUGGAUGUGUAGCGCUAAGGGUAUGUUUAGAUCCUGUCAUUACCAAAAAUCUGAUUCUGCCACUUAGCAGGGGAGGUUGGCAAGGGGUGGACACGUUAUUUGGAAAGAGCUGUGAUCAACACCGGUUCUACGUGCAGUAACUAUCAACAUACAAUCAGCUCCACCUUCGGGGAUGUGCAACAUUUAGCUAUGGUUAUGGUCAAGGUUAUAGUUACAGUAGUCUGAUGAAUGUUUUUUGAUAGUUGAGCAUGUAUGAAGUCACUGAUUGGCACAAGGUUUUUGUGGUUUUUGGAAAUGUUUACUUUUUAUUAAUGCGGACUGUCCAAUUAUCUGUGAUCUGUGUGUGGGUGUGUGUGUGUGUUUAUGUUGUAAUGUAUGUAUGCAGACUACCCACUGCUAUACAUGUUUACAUCCAACUCCCACGUUUUUGUGUAAACUUUACAGCCAACUUUACACUCAAUGCAAUCAAUACAACCCAGCUGUAAAAAGACUGCUUGGCCUUCAGUUACUACCACCACUAUUCCAAUAGUAGACGGUAAAAGGAAAUAUUGUGGCCAUUAUCAUGUUUAUUUACGUCUGUGAAAACGACACUACUGUAAAGUACUAUGAAACAUGACAUACAACUACUGCAGCCUAAAUGAAUAAAGAUAGACACAAGGCUAAAAGAAUGAUGACAUUGGGUUGUAAAGCACAGAGAUUUACCAUGAGAACACCAAUGUCAAGGUGUUUUAGAAAAUGUUUCUCAUUGGACAUCUGCAAAAUAGGCCUCCAUGUUUAUGAUACGAUUGUACUGUUAAAGGGAGGUUUUCUCUAGCGCCCUCAAGUGGACGUGACUAGAGAGGACCAGGUGGCACCUUAGGAAGAAACUAUCAUGUACGCUCUUACAUAAACCACAACAAUUGCUACAAAUAUGAACACGAUAAAGAUAUUAUAGUUUUAACUGUCUGACUUACUGAAUUAUUCAUCUCAUAUGUAAUUAGAGUUUAUACAUUUACAUAUUAUUUUUUUCAUGCGGAAAUUGAAAAGCUCCAAACACAUUUCCCUGCCUUAGAAACAGGUUCUUCAUCUUUUGAGGUCUGGAUAAACAUAACUGACUCCACUGUAGCCCUUGGCUUUACAGUUACAUAUAGUGCAGAAAUACAUGUGGAAAACUGUAGACCUGGGAACAUAUUUCUUUUUGCACAUUCAUGUGAUAAAUGUAAGUCUAUGUUUCAUUGUUUGAGGACCCAGGACAGACGUGUACAGUCUAGACUAUAUAGAACAUAGAGUAAAUAUAUGAAUGCGUUAUUAUUAUUAUUAUUAUUAUUAUUACUAUGAUGAUUAUCAUUAUUAUCAAAGACCAGGGCAGGUUCCUGCUGGAAAGAGUAUUAAGAGAACUAUAGAACAGAUAUUUGUAAUUCCUUGUAUAACCAUAAAUAGAUUAGAAUAGAGUAGCAUUGUAGUUUUAUUACGAACAUUAUAUAAGAUACAAGCCUAUUUGAUAAGCCUAUAUGAUUUGGUGAGCGGGGUGAUGAGAGACAUAGACAGAGAAGGAGGGAAUAUUGGAAAUAAAAGGUAGUUUUUAAUUAAACAUUAGUUUGCUCAGUGAAAGACAAGUCAAUUCAGGUCCCUGUGAGAGUAUUUUCUGUGCCCUGGCUGUUUUCUCUAGCCAGGGCUGGACUGGAAAUGUUUCUGAAGUUCAGGACCAUUACAUUUUAUGUCGCCGAGAAAGAGAGAAAGGAAGGGAGAGAGGAGAUAUAUCCUGUCUCUAUAUGUAUUAAGAUUAUCCAUCGAUAUUGAUCUGCCUCUUUUUUAAUUGCCUUUACAACUUGUUCAUGCUCCGUCUGGUCUGCUCACCCCAGAUCCUCCUCCUGAAUAGUAUUGAUCGUUUGUCUUGCUUUGUCCCUCUUCCAUCCUCAUUAAAGGAACACAGGCAGACAUGCUCUACCUGUCUCUUCUACUUCCUCCCCUCUUCUCUCACUUCCUCCCCUGUUCUCUCACUUCCUCCCCUCUUCUCUCACUCCUCCCCUCUUCUCUCACUCCUCCCCUCUUCUCUCACUCCUCCCCUCUUCUCUCACUUCCUCCCCUCUUCUCUCACUUCCUCCCCUCUUCUCUCACUCCUCCCCUCUUCUCUCACUCCUCCCCUCUUCUCUCACUCCUCCCAUCUUUUCUCACUCCCCUCUUAUCUCACUCCUCCCCUCUUCUCUCACUCCUCCCCACUGUCUUCCCUCAUUCUUUCUUGUUCUGUAAAGUCUCUCGCUAAGAACCGUUUGUUCUUGGAGCGUAUUUAAGGGAACUGUGCCUAACAGCAGUAACUGAGAACAAUUGCUAUUAUUAAUGUUAUAUUGUUAUUAUUGUUUAACUAGUAUUAUUGUAAAUUGUAAUAUCAGUGCUGCUACAAUGGAAUAAUAAUGAUCAUGUCAUGUUUUAAUGUUUUUUUUUUAAAUUAAUGUAUUAAUUUUGUUGCACUGGUAGAGAUUGAUUGUUAACACCCGAGAGAUAGUGUUUGUGGAGAUGUGAAUAUCACUGUGUGGGAAUCUGUUUGUGGGGUGGCUGACUUCCAUGUCAUAGUCUACAGCUAUUAAAUAAAUAGAGGUGAAAUAGG